AAUGAUUUUAGGAGAGAACUGUUGGCUGAUGACUGAGCUUUCACUAUUGUACUACACUUUCUGACAUGAUGGGAUCAGGCAGACCAGCCUCAACCUGUGUUCAUCUAGCAUCUAGUGUCCAACUGGAUGGGAGGAGUGACCCCAGGAAACUUCAGACCCAGAACCAGCUGCAGUUUAAUAGGAAUGUUCCUACACAUUCAAGCAACUUGGCAAUCCGAUAUUCUUGCCCACAUGGAAUUAGAAUUGAAAAACUGAAGCACUCAUACAAUGAGUCAUACCAUUGUAGAGAUUCAGGUUUUAGAGACGGUCCUGACCUAGGCAGUUCUGUUUCAUUUUCUGUCAUAUCAGAAGAGAGACUUAGCUAUGCCGUCCAUCUAGCCAAAAGAGAUGUAAAACGAAGACAACUUGAAGAACACAUAAAAGAACACCAUCUCAGAAGUCAGCCCCAAAUCCUUCAGAAAUGUGGACAGUCUAACCAUAAAAUAUCUGACCAUAGAGUGGAAAGGAAGGAAUCAAAGAGUCAGGAAGUCUGUCAAGGCAGCAACCAGCCAUCCAAAGUAGAAAUUUCCAGCUCAGGUGCCAAGGUAUACCUGUACACAUCUCAUCCAGGACAGUCAGACCUCACCAUGCCAAAGUCGCCACCCACUCAUGAUCCAGGACUUCAGCCACAUGCCAGGAUAGGUGACCACAAAAGCCUAUGCGGACACAAAAGCCUGCUGGAAGUUCAGCGACUCCAGAAAGAAUUGAGCAGUUGUAUCCAUAAAAUUGAAGAAUUAACUAAAAAAGAUCGCAUGGAAGAAGCUUUGGAUCCAGAUGAAGAGCGGAGAAUCCGUGUCAGGAGGAAGGAGCAGGCCGUCCGUUCUGCCCGAAUGCUCUACGUCCUCCAGCAGCAGGUUAAAGAAAUCCAGGAAGAAUUGGAUAAAUUGAGUCCACAUAAAAUUAAACAUACUAAGAAGUCAUGGGCAGUGUCCAGGCUGGCAGCUGCCCAUCGAGGAGCCAUUCGGGCCUUACAGAUGUUUGUUACUCAGUUUACUGAGCGGGUGGAGCACGCAGUUCCUACUUGGUGCAAGGAAUUGGGCAGUCUCAUCCGCCAGCUUUCACUGUGUUCUGCCAAGCUGGAGGCCAAUUCUUCUGUCCCUGAUGUGGUGAUAGAUAUCCUGCAACAAACUGAGGCUUUGGAAUCCCUCCUGGAAAAGACACUGUCACCAAAAAAGGCAAAGAAAUGUUUCAGUGAAAUUCAGAGCAGAUUUCCUAUUGGUAGCCAAAGGGCCUUAGAGAGAUGGCAAAGUACAUCACCAAAGAGUGAGAGGAGGCCCUUCGUAGCAAAGGAGAUAUUUCCACAGGAAACAAGAAGACCUUCAGUGGCAAAGAAGCUUCUUGCUGAUAAGUAUCAACCUGAUAUAGAGCGUCCAGUGACCCAGAGGCUGGAAAACGAGCUUGACGUAUUAGAUGCGGAUAUCCUUCCGGAAGAAGCUCCAUCUGUUGUAGACCAAAAUGCGAACUUCAAAGCAGAGGCAUUAGCCCUGGCAAAAACAAAAGCAGGGAAAAAGAAGCUUGUGACUGAGAAUGUGCCACCCUUUAGGAAGAAAGAUACUCUGGCACCGGCAAGACUACAGCAAGGACUCCACAAAGCUGAAAAAAGUAGACCACCCCAAUCUUACAGCAAAAGCAGGUUGCAACGGACAACAGUCUCCUCCAGGUUAAAAAUGAACCAGCAGCCUGUGAAGGACCAUAAGGCUCCUUGGAUACCUCCAAACCCCACAUCCCCGCUGGCAUCUCCUAAAUGUGCUGCCUGGCUAAAGGUGAAAUCUAGCCCCAAAGAUGCCGCAAAAGAACAGUCUCUCCAGCAAGAAGAUACUCAAGAGGAAAGUCAGUUGAGAGGUGCUGUUGAGCACAAAGCAGUGAGACUCACUUGGCUUGAUGCUGAAACUUCCAAAAGAUUAAAGGAAUUAGAAGAAUUAAAAGCCGAAGAAAUGGACAAAAUGCAAAAACAGAGGCUCAAUUGGCUUGAUGCUGAAACUUUCAGAAAAACAAAGGAAUUGAAUGAACUCAAGACUGAAGAAAUGGAUAGACUUCAAAAACUGAGUGUUUCUGCCACCCAAUUAGCGGAUAAGGUAGAGAAGGCAGUUCUGGAGCGUUUGAAGCCUCUCCUGGUCAAGGCUCAGAGAGUCAAUUCUUCUCUGGAAGCAGAUACUCAUUUGAAGGAUCGACUGUCAGUGAUCGCAGCAACAGCCCAGCCUGCGGAGAAGGCUACAGCUAUUGAUUGUGAAUCCAGUAGCAUUCAUCAGCUGGAUGAUUUUUUGGAAGAUGCCGCUCACGAGCUCUGGGCUGUGACUCACUCUAAGAUCUCGGAGCCUGAGGCCUUAGCCACCUGGGGGGACAGCAAGGACAGCCCGUGUCUGGAGGCCAUGAUGCUCCGCAUGGAGGAAAUGGAGAAAUACCAGGAGACGGUUCGCCAAAGAUAUAAUAAAAUUGUAUUUACUGAUCCUCAUCUUUGGAUGCAGGAAGAAAAAAAUGACCAAAAAAUCCCAGCAGUAAGUGAAAGGCAUCUUUCUCCUCAUCCAAUCAGGAUCACAAAGACAGCAGCUCGCAAAGACCCAGAUGUGAACAUCGUGUUAGAAAGGCCCUGCAAUGGCACUUCCCUAGAUGAAAGUGUGGGAACAGAGGAGAGACCAGAGAAAAGAGAGAAUCCCCUUCUGUCCCUUUCAGAAGAUGCUCAGCAGAAGGAAGGCCGAGCUGGCCUCUUUGUCCCGCGGGGCAUGCGGCGCAGCAUCGGUGACUACUGCCGCCGCUUCGAGCAGUACCUCCGGGUUACUGCACACGAGGCUGUGGGCUCCUUCAACCCGUGGCUGAUAGCUGAAAGCUUUGCAGAAGAGCUCGUAGAUGAAGCUCUGGGGGCCGUGGCUGCUGAACUUCAGGAUGUGUGUGAAGAUUACGCAGAAGCCGUGUUCACCUCAGAAUUCUUGGAGGCGGCUACAUAAAGGCUGUCCAAGGCAGGGCCCCCAGUGUCACUGGUGAGGGGGCGGCACCACCCUUUCUACUAGCCACAGGAAAUCUUCCUCAGCUGUCCAUCCAGGCCCAGAAGGUGCUUCCCACUGAAAGGAAGGAAGUGCCAGUGAGGCCAUCCUCACUUUGCAUCUUCUCACUGUCAGAGCAAUGGUUCUGGUAGUUUAUGAUGGAAUGUGUUAUAUUUAUCAGCGCCCAGGAAACGUGAAUCAAUUAUGACAGUAUAAUAUUUUCUGAAUGUAUAAUUUUCCCAUUGAAAUACCAUGUUCAUUACACUGGCUCAG